AGGCUGUGUGCAGGGCUGCCUGUUUUCUCUAUGUUUUUCGAACCUCAUGAUGCCUCGACCAUCUUCUAUUUUCUCGACCCCCCGUUGGCUGUUGGCUGGGCCUCCCCGUGUGUUUGCCUUGGAUGGUUUGCAGACCCCCUCUCCGGUCGCAGAGGAGGAUUCCGAGGGUAGUGAUCCGGACCUAACUCCCGAUACCUGGUGGGACAACACCUUGUCCAAAUACGAGUGGCUUCGGGAUCUUCCAUCCCCCUCAAAACCUACCAAGGCGCUGAUCUCGACGCUAAACAAGCACAUCUUGGAAGAGGUGGGGAGGUUGGUGGGUGCGGGGAAGUUCCCCCACCUCACAAGGGUGACGAAAUUUAACGAGUGGGCGGAGCUGGCCUGGACUUUCAAAAAUGAUAGGGCGGUGUUAGUAGAGUUGAUCGAGAGAUACGCAGCAAACGCAGAAAAGGUGGCUUCCAAGGAUUUGAAGGAAGACCGGACCAUCGAGCUGAAGACGUCGGAAGCGGAGAAGGUAUGGUUGAAGGCCUGGGGGCUGCCAUCGACUCAUCUGGACUGGUUCAUGGCACGGUACAAUACGGAGGAGGCGGACGGGGGUUCUUCUAUGUUGGAUGUUUUCAACUUGGACGAGGACGAAAGGAUGGAAGUUGAUUUCCUCAUAGCGCCAGGAGCGGAUCUCACUGAGAGGCACAAGAGACCUACGGCGAGGGAUUAUGAGAGGCACACAUUCCUCCCAUUGGUGAGCUCGCACUGGAUUGAGGAUAUUGCGUGUUCUGUCCAAGAUAGGGUGUGGAGGCUCGAGUCAUUCAAUCAUCUUGCUCCAAUCGGCAUUAAGGCGUAUAAGUUUUUGGCGGGGGCGAAGAAGGAGGAUCUGGAGGAGUGUUACAACGAUGCGCUCGCAGGCGUGUUAGUAUAUGGGGGGAAGAAGAAGACACCCCAUAAGGGUGGCCGGUUGUCUUUCCCUGCUCUGCAAGAGCUGGAUGCGGAGAAGUGCCAGUACCAGAAGUCGGUGGUCAUGCAGAAGACCGCCCCGUUGAGCUGUGCAAGGGACCUUAACGAGCUGAAGAAGUUCUGGAACAUGGGAAGACCAUAUUUGAAAUGCAAGUGGGGGUACCAGAACACUCGGAAGUGCGACGCUGGGCUGCUUUGGUUUGAUCAGGUCCUAUGGUACCUCUUCGGCGAGUCUUCGCCCACCUGGAGGUCAUCAUUCCUUCGACAAAUUCAGGGAAGGCCAGGUUUGUCACGGUGUUACAGCACUGCCGUAACCCCCUCUCCGGUCGCAGAGGAGGAUUCUAAGGGUAGUGACCCGGACCUAACUCCCGAUACUUGGUGGGACAACACCUUGUCCAAAUACGAGUGGCUUCGGGAUCUUCCAUCCCCCUCAAAACCUACCAAGGCGCUGAUCUCGACGCUAAACAAGCACAUCUUGGAAGAGGUGGGGAGGUUGGUGGGUGCGGGGAAGUUCCCCCACCUCACAAGGGUGACGAAAUUUAACGAGUGGGCGGAGCUGGCCUGGACUUUCAAAAAUGAUAGGGCGGUGUUAGUAGAGUUGAUCGAGAGAUACGCAGCAAACGCAGAAAAGGUGGCUUCCAAGGAUUUGAAGGAAGACCGGACCAUCGAGCUGAAGACGUCGGAAGCGGAGAAGGUAUGGUUGAAGGCCUGGGGGCUGCCAUCGACUCAUCUGGACUGGUUCAUGGCACGGUACAAUACGGAGGAGGCGGACGGGGGUUCUUCUAUGUUGGAUGUUUUCAACUUGGACGAGGACGAAAGGAUGGAAGUUGAUUUCCUCAUAGCGCCAGGAGCGGAUCUCACUGAGAGGCACAAGAGACCUACGGCGAGGGAUUAUGAGAGGCACACAUUCCUCCCAUUGGUGAGCUCGCACUGGAUUGAGGAUAUUGCGUGUUCUGUCCAAGAUAGGGUGUGGAGGCUCGAGUCAUUCAAUCAUCUUGCUCCAAUCGGCAUUAAGGCGUAUAAGUUUUUGGCGGGGGCGAAGAAGGAGGAUCUGGAGGAGUGUUACAACAAUGCGCUCGCAGGCGUGUUAGUAUAUGGGGGGAAGAAGAAGACACCCCAUAAGGGUGGCCGGUUGUCGUUCCCUGCUCUGCAAGAGCUGGAUGCGGAGAAGUGCCAGUACCAGAAGCCGGUGGUCAUGCAGAAGACCGCCCCGCUGAGCUGUGCAAGGGACCUUAACGCGCUGAAGAAGUUCUGGAACAUCGGAAGACCAUAUUUGAAAUGCAAGUGCAGGUACCAAAACACUCGGAAGUGCGAUGCUGGGCUGCUCUGGUUUGAUCAGGUCCUAUGGUACCUCUUCGGCGAGUCUUCGCCCACCUGGAGGUCAUCAUUCCUUCGACAAAUUCAGGGAAGGCCAGGUUUGUCACGGUGUUACAGCACUGCCGUAGUACGUGGCGGCCUUUGAUGCUGGCUAACAUCACAUUCAUCUAUAUCCGCCACUUCAUGAUGCUCGCCUCCCAAGCUCUCCUGCGCAAUCCGACCUGCACCCCUG